AAUCAGAUUGCAGGACAGAGAGACGCAGGUUUCCGGCCUGCUGAACGACAACAAUCUGAAAGACGAAGAGGAGAAGCUCCCGCUUCCACUGCUACAUCGGAACUGUAAUGAUUUAGCUUUGCAUUGUAAUCAGCUAACUGGCACUCUCACUCACAUGGCAUGUGUUUACUGAACUGCUUAGUCUUCAGACACUCCUAGCACCAAACGGUGGUGUGCAGCUUCCUGACGAAUGAUAGUGACUCACCGUUAACAUGGAAGCAGAAACGGAAGUUAUACCCAUCUGGCAGAAUAAGCCCCAUGGAUCCACACGCAGUGUUGUGAGAAGAAUAGGUUCCACUCUACCACUUAAACCUCCACAAAGGGCAUGUUUCCAGGAGCUACCGGGCCUGCCCUCUUUUCGUCCAGUGGAUGGCCCUAUGGUUCCUACCUUGGCAGACAUAGCCUGGAUUGUUGCAGAUGAAGAGGAGACAUAUGCCAGAGUGAGGAGUGACACGCGUCCUCUGAAACACGAAUGGCGGCCCACACCACUCUUGGUGCUUCACAGGAAUUCAUCUGUGCCCAAUUUUCGCCGUGAGGGCAAAAGGAUGGAGGGUCUAAAGAAGCCUGGUAUGACUGCUCUGAACCGUACUACAGCACUGCAAGACGAGCUCAGCAGACUUCGAGCACAGAUCGCUAAGAUUGUGGCAAGUGAUUCUGGAUCUAACCCCCUCACACCUGAUCUGCUCUCCCCCGAUGACACAAGCAUGAGCUUUUCCAUGGCACCUUUUGAGACGGCGUCUUACCAGCCAGCCGCCACGGCUGCUGCUUCCUUUGUCAUCAGUGACGUCACAGAGGAGGAAGAACCAGAGGAAGAGGAAGAUGAGAAAGAUGUCGUCUCUGUGGUUUCAGAGCUGGUCCCCGACCCUCUGCCGUCUGUUUCUAUGACAGCAUCAGCUACCUUUGAUCUGGAUAGGCCUAGCAUGGACUUUCGGGAGGCAGAGGAGGACACAGUGUCGCUGUCAAAGUCCACCAGUUUUGCUGAUGUUAUGGACAUCCUGAAGGACAUGAACCGCAUGAAGAUGAGCAAAGACAGGUACAAUAGAGGCUGCACAUCCCUCAUGGAGGAGGACUCAGCCACACUGAUUUCAGAAGCUCUGAAGAAAAAGUUUGUCCUAAAGGAUGAAGAUGUGGCCUCUGUGAAAAGAAAGUAGCAUGAAUAGGUUGAUAAGAAAUACCCGAUCCUGCUGCUCCAUGCCUUUGCCUGUGGAAUAUGUACCCAUGGAUCCACAACCUUGCUCCUCAGACCCAAGGCAAUAGCUGUCUGCCAGAGAUAGAACAAAAACACUUUGUCCCAGACAUUUAAAACCAGUGCUGGUGCAUUGUGAAGGGGAACAGCCAACUCUUGGUAACAGUCAGUUUUGGCACUGCGUCACACCUUUCAGUGCGUUCCUCUUUGAAAUGUCUUUUUUUUUUUGGUUUAUUUUCAAAAGGACUCAACAGACUUGAUGCCAAUGAUGACCAAUCACUUGGUCAUAUAAAUCUGGUUUGUUUUUGUUUUUAUUAUAGCUAACUGGAGAGGCUGACAGUAAAACCAUUAUCAUUUAGUUUUGGACCUAAAUUGUGGAAUGCCCCUCACUUUGAAGAGGGCCCUGCUCAUGUUUCUUAGGUUUGCUUUCAGUUUUCCACGAAAGAGAUGCAAAUAAACCUUUGGUGUGUUUUAGUUAUGUCCAGAAGUUCGCUUACAUACUUGAAAAUGUGUAUGUAUAGAUGAAACAGCUGUAGUGUACAUGCAGGGAAGUACAGUAGGUUAUCACGGUGUGUAUAACUUGGGAUGUUUGCUGUUGAUGUGUGCAUUUCAGUACUGAGUCUGCAGAUAUGCACAGUGUCAUGUACUGUCGUGUUGCUUACUCCACUGCACCUCUGCCCUUUUGUUUGAGAGUAACAUAUAGAUUGAUAGUCACUGAUUUUCAAAGUCUAAACUGAAAGGGGAGAGAAUAUAUUAAUAAUAAUACAGUUUUAAGGGCAUAAGGGGGACAUAUGCCCCCAUCCUAAGUUGUGUUUCCAGUAAAGACAACAACAGAUGCAAGCUUGUGCAGCUAGGUUUAUUUACAAAUUUGCUCGUGCGCAGCAUGACUAAUUGGUAGAGAAAACCAUCUGUAUAAUGUUUAUAUCGUAAUAUUAAACAGGUGACUUUACUUUAGGCAGAGACUGAGCUGUGUGUGAUGGAGCUUUUCCAUCAUGCUGAGUUUCUUCGAUUUAGAUCCGUCGACGCCUUACCUGUUCAGAUGCCUAAUUUUAUCCCCGUGUUUGUUCAAAGUGCCAUAUACUCUGUUGGUCCUGAACGUACCCUCCAUUCUCCUCCUUAAAGACUCCCAUACAGUCAUGUUAACCAGCUUUGUGUGUGUGUGUUUGUGUGUGUUUGAUAUUCCUGAGUGUUUGGUUUGAAAAACAAACAAAAAGCUCUUACAAGAAAAAUACUUCCACACGUCCCUCCUCCGUUGUUGCCAUCUUGUUUUUGCUGAGACGAGUGGGAAUUCUUUCGCAUGGUUUUGCUGUGCGAAGAGAUACUGCUAAAGGUAUGCGUUUGAACUGAGCAAGAAUGCGCCCAUCCCUGUUGUCAUAUGCAGUGGAGUUUUGUAUGUUUUUUUCUUGCUGGACCUGCCUCGAAACUAACUCUCAGUAAUCCGUUUUAAAGAGCUGAACUGAACAGAAUACUGAGGAAAAUGCCAUAUGCAAGUUUAAAUAUAUUUACUACGUCUCUGGACUUGAAAUGGUGAACCUUACACUGCAUUCACUACCAGCUGCAUCACGUCAAUAUUUACUAUAUUUGCUUUGAAGUUCUACUCUAGUUUGAGCAUUUGUCACAGUUGUACCUCCAUGUAGUCUUGAGCCUGUCAUCACCAUGUUUCUUUUGUCAUGUAAGGACUUGUAAAUAAAGAAUGUGCUGAUGUUUUGAAA